CCUUUUCUGUUUUUUUUUUUCCAUUGUAGCCCAAAUAUUUUGAAAGUAACUCACAAUAGUUCAACAUGGCUCCAACAGUGCAGACCGGCCCACGGGAGGAUCGAGAGAGGAAAAACCGCAAUGUUGUGGAGAAGAGAUCUGAGCUGGUGUGUCGUGUCAAAUACAAUAACACACUGCCUGACAUUCCAUUUGAUCCCAAGUUCAUUACAUAUCCGUUCGAGUCGAACCGCUUCAUCCAGUACAAACCAACCUCACUGGAACGCACUUACAAGUAUGACAUGCUCACAGAACACGAUCUCGGGGUAACGAUUGAUCUAAUCAACCCAGAAACCUACAAGUUGAGCCCAAACAUUUACGCUGACUCUGAAGAUGAGAGACUUCUUGAAGAAGAGAUCAACACCCUACAUGAUUCCCGUCGUUCCCGUCACCACAACACUUCAGUGUCGUGGUUGCGUAAGACUGAGUAUAUUUCAACAGAAUAUAAUCGAUUCACACAGAAAUCUGACAAACAUGAAACAAAGGUCGGCUUCAAAUUGAAGCAGAUAAUGAGAGAGGAGGAUCUGUAUAAGGAUCGUGAUAGCCAAAUUAAGGCCAUUGAAAAGACUUUUGAAAAUGCCAAAACCAACAUUGCUAAACAUUACAGCAAACCUGGUGUCACCCCAGUUGAGAUUUUACCUGUCUUUCCUGAUUUUGAUCUUUGGAAACACCCCUUUGCUCAGGUCAUCUUCGAUUCUGAUCCUGCUCCAAAGGCACGGACCCCAUCUGUUCAAGCUGAAGAGAUGUCUCAAGCCAUGAUCCGAGGUGCCGUUGACGAGAGUGGUGAGCAGUUUGUGGCGUAUUUCUUGCCAACAGAGGAGACCUGCAGCAAAAGAAAGCGAGACCAAGAUGACAGCAUCUUGUAUCAGCCUGAUGACUUCUACGAUUAUACGCUGGCCCGCGAGUACAACUGGAAUGUCAAGAACAAGCUAUCGAAGGGCUACGAGGAGACGUACUUCUUUAUCUUUCGUGAUGAUGUCGUCUACUACAAUGAGCUGGAAACUCGCGUACGGCUGAGCAAAAGGCGUAAAACGGGGGCCGGUGCCACGCAGGUGGCGAAGUCGAGGCUGAUUGUCAAACACCGCGACUUAUACGACAAGGAAAUCACAGCACAGAAUGUCCGGCUGACGAUGCUGGAACCACAGCAAGAAGAAGAAGAGGAGGAGGAGGAGGAGGAAGGGUCCGGCAAAGAGGAAGAGGAAGGGUCUGGCAAAGAGGAAGGGUCUGGCAAAGAGGAAGAGGAAGGGUCGGCAAAGGAGGAUGACGGUGAUAAGAAAUCGGUGGAGGGUAGCGAUGAUGGCAACAGCAGUGACAACGAGAGUGUUAAGUCUGGUGGCAGUAGCAGCAGCGCCAGCAGCAAGAAAAGCAAUCGCAGCGCCGCCAGCAGCCGCAGAAAGAGCAGCAGCAGUAGUAGCAGUAGUGAAGGUGAAGGUGGUGCCGGCAGUGGUGAUGAAAGAAGUGAAAAGGCUGGUCAAGAAGAGGAAGAAGAGGAAGCAAAAGCUGGCAGCGGAAGUGAGAAAGAAGCUGGCGACAGUGGGAGCGAGAGCGAGGCGGAAAGCGAGGCCCAGGCGAACGAGAACAAGAAGGACAAGGAAGCAAUUUUCGGUUCGAGCAGCGAGAGUGAAGCCGAAGAAGAGAUGGAGGAGGAGGAUAACGAGAAGAACAAGGAAGACGAGGAACAGAUCUUUGGUUCUGCCAGUGAUGGAGAGAAUGAACCAGAUAACAAAAAGGAUGAGGAAGAAAUUUUUGGAGUUGCCAGUAGUUCUGAUGAAAGUUCUUGAACACCAGAUAACCAGUUUGAAAAUUCCAUUUAAUUAAUUAAUUCUUUGACGUGGGGAGUAAGAAGGGAAAGGGGGUUUCUUAUUUUAAUGAAAAGUGAAAAAACUAAAAGCUCUUCUCAGUACUUGUGUGGUACUUAUUAUAUCAAGCUGUCAGGGUGGUGCUCCAGCAUGACCAUAGUCCAAUGACUGAAACAAGUAAAAGAAUUUCUGUAUGUGUGUGUGUGUGUGUUUGGGGAGAGAGACAAGAGAGAGAGUUGAGUGUUUUUAUUUGAAUAAAAGCUUAACAAAGAACUCAAUACAAGUGUUUAUAAUAAUUUUAUUGACAUUCAAUAGAAUUAUCUGACAUAGGUUACAUAUUUAGAUAUUUAUGUGCGUGUGCAUCUAUGUAUAUAGGUAUAUACAUACAUGUGUAUGUAUAUAUAUAUAUAUAUAUAUAUAUAUAUAUAUGAUGAUGAUGAUGAUAUAUAUAUAUAUAUAUACAUACAUACAUAUCCAUAUAUGUAUGUAUGUAUAUGUUACAUACGCACACAUACAUGUGUCUAGGACUAUAGAUAGAUAAAUAGAUGUAUAUAUGUGUGUUUGUGUAUGUAUAUAUGUUGGUGAGUGUGUGUGUGUAUAUAUAUACACACACACUCACACAUAUCCAUACACACAAACAGUCCUAGCCACAUGUGUCCUCAGGAUGGUGCGAGUUCUAUGGCUGAAACCAAAUAAGAGAGAGAAACGAGAAAUACAGAGGUGAAGGUCAUAAUCAGUUUGGGCUAUGAUCAAAGGGUCUGAAAAGUGGCAGGGGAUUAAACUUGAGGAUUGGGGUGGGAAGGUAAGGAAAGAUUUUAAAAAUUAACUACUUGUAUAAUGGGUCCAGUAGACACAAGAAGAAAGAAAGGAAAACACUAUUUAGGAAAAAAAAAUAUACUAUCAAGUUCACUUUUAAAAUAAUUUGUAUUUCUUUGUAAGAAAUAACUGAAAUAUUUCUAUUUUUAUUGUUUAUAUUUUUUGUUUUUAAAUUUCUUUUUUUGAAAAAAAAAAUUGAAUAUAGAAAUAAAAUGAUUUUAAAAAAAUCUGGA